CAACACUGCUCAAGGGGCACCUGUCUGACCUUCCUGUUGGACUCUGUACGUUUCGGCUAGCUGGCUCUUGAAACAGUUCACGAUGUCCUGCCCGCAGCCCUGCGCUACAUUCUGAUACUCGCGCAUGCCUUACGUCGCCGCUACUUCCACCUGACAGCAUGUCAAUGCUGUCAAGCAUCCACCACACACCACAAACAACAUGGCUUCCCGGUUGCCUCCUUUGCGAGGCGUGCUACUAUGGCUGCAUUUUUUCUUGCUAAUCGGCUUGGGUACGGCAUAUAAACCCCUCUCCGACGGCUUCCUGCGCGCGAUACCUUCCCCCGGCGACGAGUUCAACAUCGAUAACAGCACCGGCAUACUCGCACCGCUCCUCAUACCUCGAGUUCCCGGAACAGCCGGCCAAGUCGUCGCGCAGCGUCACCUAGUCGAUUACUUCCAGCGCGAACUGCCGAAGUGGACUAUCACAUGGCAGAAUAGCACACAGAAGACACCGACAUCCAAGAACACCGAGCUCCCCUUUGCGAAUCUCAUAAUCAGGCGCGAGCCGCCAUGGGUCAAGCCCGGACAGACGAAUUUUCUUACGCUUGUCGCGCAUUACGAUAGCAAGCUGAAGCCAGAUGGAUUCAUUGGCGCGACGGACAGUGCGGCUCCAUGCGCAAUGAUCAUGUGGGCUGCCAAGGUGGUGGAUGGAUAUGCACAGCAGAUGUACGACGAGAUGUCUGAGUUAGGAGAGGGUGGAGACGUGGAUAUGGACAUGGGUAUUCAGAUCUUGUUCUUGGAUGGCGAGGAGGCAUUUGAGACAUGGACGGACACGGAUUCGCUAUACGGCUCAAGAUCCCUUUCUAACUUCUGGGUCAAUAGCCCAAACCCACCAGCCCAAAAGUUUUACAAGUACAAAACGCCGCUUUCCCAGAUAUCCCUCUUCAUGCUCCUCGACCUCCUCGGUUCUUCCGAACCCAGCGUGCCGUCCUACUACACCACCACGCACUGGGCUUACCGCGCCUUCUCUAACGUCGAGUCACGCAUGCGCUCCCUUAAUCUCCUCGAAUCCUCACCCCCUUCGCCGUUCCUACCCGACGUGAACAAGACAAUGGCCUUGGGCGGCAUUUCGGACGACCACUUGCCUUUCAUCUGGAGGGGCGUAGAAACCCUCCAUGUUAUCCCUCAGCCGUUUCCGAGGGUUUGGCACACGAGCGCGGACGACGGACCGCAUUUAGAUAUGAAGGUCGUAAGAGACUGGGCGCGCAUUGUGGCAGGCUUCAUGUUGGAAUGGUUGGACAUGAUGGAGGUUUGGAGUGGAGAGGAGCCGGAAGCAGGAUCGACACUUGCGAUCCAUGAUGGACGGUGACACGAGAAUGAGCGGGCACCACGAAAACUGUCUUGAGCGUCAAUAUCGACGUUGCCAAUAUCUAUGGUUUGGAGACUGAUCGAAGUCAAUCUAGAUUAUACAUCGAACAACCAACUUUCCCGAAGCUUCAAAAGCUAGCGAGGUUCCAGUCGGGAUCGGUGUCGGUGGAAAACACGCGUUGUGGUCUCGAUCGGGUUAUCAAUCAGUUUGGAGUUAUGAGGCUUAAGGAGGACAUCUCUGGUGAGCUCGCGCUUUGUGCCAGCUGAGACGGUCGACCGUUCAACAAUUUUGAUAUGGACUUAGGCCAUAGCGGGAACAAUACCCACC